AUGCCAUCCCACUCGGGUGGCACUCAUUGGUCUGAAGAGGUCAUGGCAUUUUUCCAAGUCCGCGAAAUGGAAAUCGUCAGUCCUGAUAUAGAGGAUUACGACGGGGUCAAUCUGAUCGCGCACACGCAUUUACAAAUAAUCAGAAACCAGAGGACCCGGCUGUAUGACUGUAUCGACCGUCUCCAAGCCUUUCCAUUCCUUGAAAUACUUGAUGAUGAGAUACGAGAGCUCAAUUAUGCACCUAAAGCCAACUGCAAAGACAAUGAGGGCCACCUGAACGAUGCCAAUGACACUUUGGCCACUCAUGUUACGACGGACCCUUGUUGGGGCUGGGGAACCGAGAGCAACAAUUGGUCACAUGACAAUACUGUUAUGGAUGACGACGACUACGACUUCUUCGGCAGCAACGACUGUGCCACCGUCACCACCGAGUGGCCUCCCCGCGAGAGAUGCUACCCCAGUGCUGUGUUCGCCGCUCUCAUCACCAGGCUCAAUACAAAGUUUCCACAUGCGUUCCAGGGCAAUGAGCGUACCGUUUCUCACACAGAGUACGACAUGUGCCCCUACAUCGAGGCAGCAGACUUCCUGACCACGAACGCCCAGCGCUAUCGCGGCACAUGGCUCAGAAAGCAACAACGUGCAUUCAACCGCGUCACAGCACUUCGCAUUCCGAACCAGCCUGUGAUGAAUACAUCUGCCCGUCAGGCUGCUGAGAAAAGACUAUUGAGAAUUCUAAAUGAUCUUUCCAAGCGUCUUCUAUGGGCCGUUCAGCAGAGACAAGCUCAGGCUGUUGUUGUCGAUUGGAAUAUGUUAAUCAAGGACUCUCGCGACAGAAUGGCUAAGCGCAAGGCGCACAAAAAGACGUCCCUGGCAACCGAAUAUCAUUAUGGCCUAGCUUAA